UAAAAAUGCAUUUGUUUAUUUAAAUUUCAGGUCAUGCAGGGACAUGACUGUCCAGCAUAGUUGCUCUCUGUGGCUUCAGGAGAAACAAACACAAUGUCUGACGACAAUAAUGUGUGGGAGACAUCUGGCUGUGGGAUGAACGAUGUGUUUGAGGACAGCAAAGACACAAGCGGAUUAUCUGAACAUGAACUCCUUGACAUCGUGUAUGAUACGUGUAAUAGCAGCAAAUCAGGUGAAGUGUUAGCCUCUACCAUUUUCGAGUAUCUGCACACCAUGACUGCUCAGAGCCCAGGGCAGGACCGAUUGGCUGCCCUGCAACGGCUGCUCGACCCUGACUGUCAGGACCCACAUGUGAGCAGAGAGACAUUUCACUCCACCAUGAGGACGUGGAUCACCCAGUGCAGCGAGGACAGUACUGAUGAGGACAGCAGCCAUGUACCUCGGCCAAACACAUCUGAAGAGCCUGUAAAUGCAAAUGGGCUGGGUUUGUCAUUUUGUCAAAGUGAAGAGACGUCAUCAGAAGGCCAGCUGUGUUUCUGCGAUGGAAAAGACCUGUCAUGUACAGUGGCUGAACUGAAGCAUGCCAACCGCAAACUUAGUGAGCAGAACAGUAGUCUGCUGAGGACUGUUGCUCAAUGUGAAGACACAAACCUGCAGCUCACUCUGGACAUCACUGAGCUGCGAGCAAAGCUGGUCAGGUGA